AAUGGCGCGUGAACACUGAAUAGCAUUAGGUUUAUUUUGAAACUAAAUUUUCGGAUUAUAUAUUAUUCAGUCUGACAUUAAGAUGUAAGUUGUGAUAGUGAAGGAAACGCGCAUUGUAUAAAUCAUUCGUCAUCUUAGCUUCAAUAGAUCAUUACCUGUUUGUUUGAAACUAAACAUGCGUGGAAUUACAAAACCACGGACAGUUGAAAACGUGUCCAUUAAAACAUAAAGUAAAUAAGUGCUAAAACUUAAUCAAUACAGUAGAAAGAAAUUAUGGACUUGCCUUUGAAUGAAGCUAAACAAGAUCAGGCCUUUGGCGGCCUUCACGCACGAGCUCGGCGCGGCGAGCCGACUGACGAAGACGAGCUUCGUCCGCUCGCGCAGUCGGAAGACUGGGACGCAAUGGACGAAUUUUCGGCGGAAUCUCCUGGCGAUGACGGUGACCGAUUCAGUGCACCUCCAGCCACCACGGCUUCCAAGAACGGUUUCGUGAAUGGCGACAUGUACAAAGAGAAGCCCGAACCGGAACCAGAAAUACGCUGUGGAUACGGCACCUGUCGUCCGGAAGCAUUACAAUGCUUUAACAACCCAAAAUGGCUCCUGACGUUCCUGUGUUUCUUUUCCAUGGCUCAAGGUUUUGUCGUGAACGGCAUCAAUAACGUGUCCACGACGUCAGUAGAGCGACGCUUCCAACUCCCAUCCAGCCGGGUGGGAAUGAUAUCCAGCUCGUAUGAUCUCUCCGCCGCUAUUCUCGGUAUUUUUAUAAGCUACAUGGGAUCUGGACGACAGAAGGCCAAGUGGCUAUCGAUGGCGUCCGUUACUAUGGCGGUUGGCAGCUUUGUCAUGGCGCUCCCUCAUUUUACUUCCGGGAAAUACGAGUGGGGCCGGGAUAUAGCCCUAACCUGCAGAACUACUGAGACUGAAGCCGCGUGUAAAAGUGGCUCAGACCUACAGGACUACCUGUAUGUGCUAAUCCUAGGUCAACUAUUACACGGUCUUGGAGGCACAACCCUCUAUACAGUGGGCGUGUCCCUUAUCGACGACAGUGUGCCCGCCGCCUCGUCCCCCAUGUAUAUAGGCAUAAUGUACGCAUUUGCGACCCUCGGGCCUGCAAUGGGGUACAUCCUGGGUGGUCAACUGCUCGAGAUAUAUGUAGACUUCGACACCGUUCAAAAUGUGGAUAUCUUGUCUGACGACCCUCGCUGGGUGGGAGCCUGGUGGGUCGGGUUUGUGAUCGCCUCGGUCCUCUUCCUGGUUGCAGCUAUCCCCAUCUCACUGUAUGGCGCUGAGCUCCCGUCGGCGAAGCAUGUGCGAGAGACGCGCGUGUCAGAGAUGCACGGGGAUGACGGCUCACUUCCGGUAGCGUCUGUCGGCCGUGCGCGGAAGCUGUCAGAUCUACGCCACAUGCCAUCGAACAUUCUCAAACUGCUUAAAAACCCAACCUUCCUGUUUAUUACCUUGGCAGGGUCGACAGAAGGUAUGAUAACGUCUGGAUUCGCAACGUUCAUGCCCAAGUUCAUCCAGAAUCAGUUUGGUGUGACUGCAGGAUGGGCCGCUAUGUUAACUGGGUUCAUGGCGGUACCAGGAGCGGCUGGCGGUCAGUUUUUCGGCGGCUACUUGUGUAAGCGCCUCAAACUGAAGGUCCGGGGAUGUAUCCGGGUAGCUAUAGUGUGUUCAAGCCUGGCGGUGCUAAUCUCCGUGGCCCUGUGGACCAAGUGUGAUCCUGGAUAUCUAGCUGGGGUGACACAACAAUAUACUAACGGUACGCCAUCGAGCUUGCCGGCCCUUAAUAACACGUGUAAUUCCGGAUGCGGAUGCCACACGGAGCUAUAUGAGCCCGUGUGUGACCAGGCCCGGGGGAUACAGUACUUCUCGCCUUGCUACGCGGGAUGUUUAACGCAAGCAAGUGAUGGAAAGUCUUACAGUAACUGCUCCUGCGUGGCUCCAAACCCCGGUGUGGCCGCUUCCACUGUGGACGUUGGGAAGUGUUCAAACAGUUGCACAAAGCUCUACAUCUUUUUGCCGCUCAUUUUUGUCGCCAUCUUUCUACUUUUCACCCCAUCACCACCGGCAGUCGCUGCUACACUCAGGUGCGUUCAUGAAGGCCAUCGGACCCUUGGACUCGGGCUCAAGUGGCUUAUAGUUCGAUUGCUUGGCACUGUUCCGGGGCCAAUUUUCUUCGGUGCAAUAAUCGACAGUACUUGCGUAAUUUGGAGGGAAAAAUGUGGCGAACAUGCCUCAUGCUGGAUUUAUGACAACGACCAAUUAAGUCGGAACUUCUUUAUACUUGUUCUCUGUUUCAAAGUUGUCUCCAUUACGUUUUUCAUAUUCGCACAUCAAUUGUACAAAGCGCCCCAAGAAAAAGUCGUCGCAUACAAUGUUAACGGCGAAAUAGCGAGUGUGGAUAUAGCUUCACAAAACACUUGAAGAUAGGGCAGUGGAAAGGCUGAUGAAAUUGUGCUGAGGAAUAAAGAAAACGUGAAUAACUGAGUGACUCACGAAUGUCGCAGACGAGGUGACGAUUCGAGUUUAAGGAAAAAGGAAUGAAUGUCGCGAGCAAUUAAAAAUAGAGUGUGAGGUACAGUUUAGACCGAUAUAUUGUUAAAUUGAAAUGGUCGAAAUAUAAAGAGUGCGAUUUGGAUCAAGGGGAAACGUCACCAAAAAGGAUUCAUCGUAAAUGGUGUCGUUCAUUGUUAACGAAAUGGCUUUGAAAAAAGGCUUUCAGUUUAAAAUAUUAAAAACAACCAUAAAAAAGCACUCGAAAUUGCUAUUAACUGCAGGGAUGUUGACAGUGAGCAGUUGGGUCUUUAAAUGUGGCCUACAAAAUGUUAUCGAACAAACUGUAAUUCAAUUCACACAUCUGCCAUUUUGAAAGUACUAUCAAAGAGAUCGGAGGUGUGUUGCGUAAGCGGUUUUAAACGGAGCGCUCAACAACUAAAUCGUAUGUAGCGAGUAUAUAGCUUAAAGCGCCCCGUGUGUCUCAUGUCUAUUAUAUUGCUGCAUAGCGGAGAGCGCUCGCUGCCUAAUAAAUCUGCUUGUUAAAACGUGGAGUUUGUGUGGUCGGAGCUUAAACCUUUCCUUUAUUUCGGGUCGUUGCUUAGGUAAAUAAAUGGCUGUAAUGUAGUUACAUAGCGCCUUGCCUUUAGUGAUUCUCUCAAGAUAAUAGUAUACUUAUUGAACUUAUCAAACAAGAGUAAGUAACGGAAUUAUAUUUGUAACUGAAUUGACCAGUACAUCAAUAUUUUGUGGAACAUUUUGUUUUUGUCGCUGCUGAAUUAAUAUAGUAUGUGCCUUUUAUAAAAAAGUAAACAUUGUUUGAAAUAUUGAUUGAAAAUAUGUUAAAAAUGUAAUGCCAUUUGAACAUGACUCCUGAUGUUAUGAUAAAAACGUAUAUUUUUAUUUGACGUUCGAUUUUUCCAUUGUUGAAAUGAAUUGUAAAUUUGAUUGAUCAGAAUUAUAACAGAUAUUAGAAGUAUUACUUAAAUUUGUUGAUAUUUCAACUCUGUGUUCGUAUAAAAUAUUAUAUCUUGACAUUUGUAAUUAUUAUACAUAUAACAAGAGGCUUCUGUAUUCCUUUGACGCCGUCUAAAAGCGCUUAACCUUAUACCUUUGACUGUUUCAUUCCAAGAGAUUGCAUCCGGCUUUGCAUCUGUUAUUUAGUAAAAGAAUAUGUAAACAAGCUUUAUGUACUAGUACUUCAUUAAACUGAAGCCCAAGACAAUAUUGCGAUGUGUGGGACCAACGAACCUGUCACUCUUCCGCACCGCAGUGUCUUCAUAGUUUACGGGACAAAAUGUAUAUAAAUGGGACGUAACUCUGUUUAAGAGUUAUUUUUUCGGUGAUAUUAUAAUAGUUGUCUUGAUAUUCUUUGAAUUAUUUUAUUUAUAAGGUCUGUGAUAAAGGAAACCAUUUUUUUUCUGGUUCAUGAAAUAAAUUCCAGAUAUAUUUUAGUCGAUUUUGUACAGUAACAAGUGUAAUUUAUAAUAAAUGUUUCAAAA